AUGCUCCUAAUCAAGGCGGCAAUCCUCUCCUUCGCUCUCUCUGCGGCGAACGCUCACAUGAUACUGAGGAACCCACCCAGCUUUGGGUUCAUAGGAAACAAACUCUCCACGAAGCCCGACGUAGACCUGAACGCUCCAAUCUCCAAAGCCCAGUUCCCCUGCAAGGGCUACCACAAAGACCCCGAUCGUGGAGCAGGAAAAAGCGUGGCGACCUGGGCCGCCGGGAGCACCCAGAGCUUCAGCCUCGCCGGCGGAGCGCCCCACGGCGGUGGCAGCUGUCAGGUCUCCCUCUCAUACGACAAUGGCGAGACCUUUAGGGUUCUGAAGUCGUUCAUAGGGAAUUGCCCGUCCGCCGACACGGGACGCGAGUACUCUUUCCCUAUCCCGCGCGAUGCCGCUAGCGGCGCGGCGAUCUUUGCCUGGACUUGGUAUAACAGGAUCGGUAAUCGCGAGCUGUACAUGGGAUGUGCGGCUGUUACCAUCACCCAUGGCGGGAGUGGGCUGAACAGCUCGUUUCCGAAGAUUUUUGUCGCAAAUAUUGGGGAGCAGUGCACCACUGUCGCUAACGCCGUGUUGGAGUUUCCCAACCCCGGCGCUGUGGUGGAGAGGAGCGGGGAGGUGGCAUUGAAGCCGGAGGGUGCGGGGUGUGUCUAAGUUUUUUUUUUUUUGUGGCGGGGGGGUUCAACGAUUUGUUUGGAGGAUUCAUGGUUGUUGCUCGAUGUUUAGAUCGGAGUGUGUAUAUGGUAUUCAGAGUUUGUCUGGUGCUUAAGUUUAGAUAUUGGCUGUUCCACA